GAAAUCGAAAAAUUCCAAGCGCCCAACCAAUUCCAAGUGGGUUAAAAUGCACGAUGGGACAUUUUCAUUGGUAAUCGAUUCGAAGAAGAAACCAAAUGCUGCACAAAAAUCAAGCGUUCCCGAAGUCAACAACAAUAAGGUAAAUUGAAGCUCAGAUCGGUACAUUGCUCGAAAGUCUGUCCGAUAUCAUAUCACACUGUAUAUUACAGCACAAAUUUAUUCCAAAUUCCAUGAAUUGUUUCCAUUUUUGCACAUCCAAAUAUUUGUUUUCUCCGUCUGUUGCAACUGAAUACAUUUCCAUAUUCUUUGUCAAAGUUCACUAUGAAUGUCAAAACUUUCAAAAUGAAUUUUUUCCAACGAAAGGUAAUUUUCCUCUUCAAAAAUUCUUGAUCAUUUCAACAUUUUUCGAAUCGUUUGCAUCAUUUGUUCGGUGCAAUUUAAAGUUUUUUAUUUGUAUAACGAUUCCCAUAAUUUGCACCACUAUAUAAACCGCAUGCUGAAGUCGUACAGUUUUCAAAUCAGAGUGUUUGCGGAGCACAAUGUACGUUGCGUUAGGCUGCGUUACGGUUUUUCUGUCAUUUCAUUCACCAUGCGGUUGUGUUUGACUGUGCUCUUCAAAUAAGCAGCUGACAGUUCAAUGUUGUUUCGAUUGUUGUUUGUGUAGCUGAAUGUGUUCACAUUAACUGAUGGAGAUUUCAUAAUAAUUGAUUAGAUAUAGUCGAUGAAUAUGCUAUAAAUAAUCAACGAUUAGAAAUUUCCAUCGAAAUCGCCGACAAAAUGCCUGGAAUGUUUCGAUGGUUGAAACAACUGGUGACUAAAGAGCAGUCAAAGACGAUAAAAUCAAAAAAGAAAAAUGCAGAGACUGGAAACGUUCUACAGCAAAAUGUUGAUUCAUCUUCUGCAAUCGAGGAAUUGUGUAGUGGCGGAGUUGGUUCAAGUCAAUCAACAAUGGAUAUUGUUGAUAUAGGCCAAGCAGAUCCAUCAACAUCUGAAUUAGUAGACGAUUUCUCUACAUUACACUUAACCAAUGGCCAAACUGAUGAAAAUGCGGAAAAGUCGGAUGAAUCGGACGAAUCGGACCCACUGAAUUGUGUUCAAAAUCAUGCUAUCGAAAUCGAACCGCAAGCUGAAAAUGGUGUUCCAAGCGAUUCGGAUGACAGUGACGACGAUUCAUUUUACGCAAAUCUGUUUGCUGAUUCCAAACCGCAAUUGACAUAUGUCAGCGCGCCAACGGAUACGUUUCCAUGGGACGACGAUUCAGAGAGUGAAUUGGAUAUUUCGCACACGGUGACAUUUUUCAUCGACGAUGACCAAAAACCGAUGUGCGAAUACAAUGAUACCGAAUAUGAGAUUGGCCAUUUGGAUUUAACAACAGAAGAAGUAUCCUAUUUGAAAAGGAUUUCAGAGGCUUCAAUUGACCUCGAGUUCAAUCCCAGCAACAUCGUUGUUCGUCACAAUCGGCUCUGCGUCCAGCGAAUUGUGGAGCAACAAAAACCAUCGAGUUCAAAUAACGCAAGCAAUUUGUGGUUUGCAGUGCUGAACUUGGUCCGUAUUCAAUUCUCUGUCAACGAACCAUUUCUGGCUAAAUACGAGAAUGAGAUUUGGUUUGUCGGUAGAAAGCUGCAUGAGGAAUAUAUGCAACUGUUGAUUCGCACUAACAAGAAUACAGGCACAGCAAUUCGACUUUGUAAAAGCCGAAUCGAUGUGAAUAAACAAUCACGGACUUUGGAUGUCGUUGAAUCCGUUCAAUUUGAUGAACAGAGUGAAGUUUGCGUCAUUUCUGGUCAAAAGGCGACACCGAACAAAAAUUCCUGUAGUCAAUUUCGACGCUAUGUUAUAAACAGCAAUCCAUGUCAAGUUUUAGAGGUGGAUCUGGCCUUGCUACAUUCAUCAGAGCAUGAUGAUUGCAUGGAAAUCUAUGCGGAAAAGGAUUUUCCGUCUAUCGGUUUACGAUCCAAUCAAUACGAAAGUAUGGCAAAUGCAGAUGAAAAUGAAUUGGAUGACGAUGAAUCGAAUUUUGAAUAUGACGCACCGUUGGAUAUGCUUACCCUAAAAUCGUACGCAGUACCUGAUGACAUAAAAGCAAUUGGUAAAAAUAGACAUCUUCCAAUAACCGAACUCAACGAGAUAUUCAGUAAACUAUUUCAAAAGGAAAAAUUGCGAACAAAAUUGAAAGAUUACAUCAAUGGAUAUUCAACAAUGAUACAUUUGGAAGAGGAUGAACAAGCACGUUACCUGGCCACUUUUAAUCAAACCAACGUUAAAAUCACCUAUCAUAUGGAUCGACAGUUUUAUUUUGACGUCCCGAAUCCAGAAUUUGAAGGUGCAAUCGAAGAAAAUGUGGUUGAUCGAUUUAUAUUGAAACCAAAGCUUGAAACCAAUGUCAAAGUAAAAGGAAGAGCAAAAGCGAAAAGUGAAAUAUGGGGACAAGUUCUUCGUGUCAAAAAUAGCAAAAUCUAUAUCGAAAUAUUCCCGGAGACAUUCAAUAAGGUUCAACAUUCAUAUGACGGUCAAUUAUACGAUAUCAUUUUUACCGUAAAUCGUAUGCCGUUCCAACUCCAACACUUUGCAUUGGAAUUUAUCGAAAAAGAGCAUUUAUUCACUCGAUUGAUACAUAAUUUUCAAUAUAAAAAAGACGAUCUAGCCCCAUUGAAUGGUGAACAAAGUGCAGAAAAACCGAUUCUUGAACGUGAAGGGACAAUGUUGAGCCAGCUCAAUGCCGAGCAACAGUCUGCUGUGGAAAACAUAAUUUGCAAGACGGAUAAGUUGCCUUUCAUUCUUUUCGGACCACCUGGUACCGGCAAGACGCGAACAUUGGUAGCUGCCAUUGAACAGAUUAUGCGCACCACUGAUCAGAAAGUGCUUGUCUGUGCAAUGUCAAAUGCUGCAUGCGAUGAGAUCGCCGAGCGAUUGAUUAAUGUGUUGGCAGAGGAUCAAAUGUAUCGCUUCUACGCAAAGUCAUACAAAAAUGAAAAGAUCAACGGAAACGUUGCACGGAAUUCAAAUUAUAGUAGAGAAGGCAUUUUCUAUCCAUCGCUCAAGUAUCUUUAUAAGUUUCGUGUGUUCAUUUGCACAUUGGCAUCAGCUGGGUGUCUGACCCGAGCUCGUAUAGAGGACGUUUGGCGGCCUAACCAUUUUGGCUAUGUAUUUAUAGAUGAGUGUGCCAGUGCACACGAAACCAUGUGCCUCAUACCGAUUGCAGGUUUAUGUACGUCAAGUAAAAAGAUUCAUGCAAAAAUCGUCUUAGCUGGUGAUCCAAAGCAAUUGGACGCAGUGACCAAAUCAGAGAAAGCCAAAGCAUUGGGAUACAGCACAUCGUGGUUGGAACAGUUAUGUUGUACAAACCUUUAUACACGCAACGCUACAACUGGCAAAUUCAACGAGAUGUACAUUACGCAAUUGGUUAAGAACUAUCGAUCGCAUCCGCAUAUUCUUAGCGUUCCAAAUGAGCUAUUCUAUGAGAAUAAACUCGAGGCUUGUGCAGCAGAAAAAAACAUUAACUGGUACAUCGAUUCACGUUUCUUACCUUCGAAGAAGUUUCCAGUCGUCUUUAAAUCGGUGAAGGGUUCAUGUGUGAAAUCUACCGAAUUCAGUUGGUACAACGAUCAAGAAAUUGAGGAGGUCAUAAAAGUGAUCAAACAAUUGUUGCCAAAGGGAUCACAGCAAAAGGGGCUGCGAAAAAUUACUCAAACGGACAUUGGCAUAGUCACUCCGUAUCGCAAACAACGUCAUCGUUUGGCUCAAAAAUUACGUUAUCUAAACUUCGACGAAGUGACCGUUGGAACAGCUGAAGUAUUUCAGGGAAAGGAAAAGCCGGUGAUGAUCAUCUCAACGGUACGUUCGAAUGGUCAACUGGGUUUUGUAGGUGAACCAAGGCGCUUGAAUGUGGUGAUUACUCGAGCCAAAUGUUUGGUUGUGAUCAUCGGUGACCCACACACUUUAAAACUCGACCCAAAUUGGCUGCGCGUCAUGGAAUUUUGCUUGAAAAAUAAUAGUUUCUUUCAAAGUGACAAAGUAUUUUCGUUGAAGUAGAUAAGAGCUUGUUUGUAUCAAGUCCGAAAAGACAUAAAAUUUCAGCCAGCUAACAUAAUACCGACAAGAGUUACUAAAACCAUAAGCAUCGUAUCGCAUAACAAGAUACCAGAUAAUUUCUUUCGUCAUUUUUUUUCAAACCCCAUUCACACUCAUCCAAAAAAUACAAUAUAUUUUGUUUCUUUUUUUUAUUGACUUUAUUCAAAUGUUUAUUAUGGUUAUGUAAAAAGUGCCUUAGUUCCAACGAGGUAUCAAAUCCGUAUAACUUACCCAUAUUUAUUCGUGAAACCCCACCCAAUUUGCAAUUUAAUUCAAUUAGUAUAAAGAUUAUUUACAGUCAUUAGUGUAGACUCUACAAAGUAGAGUGUUGAUGUGUUCAUGCCAUUCCAAAAGAGAAGAAAAUAUUUGUAAAAAAAAAUGUAUAUAUGAAGUAAAGAGAAAUCUAUCGAAAAAAAAAUUGUGUGAUCAUUACAACGUCAAAAGACUUCUACGUAAUCGAAACUGUUCAAUUUUAUGAAUUAAACCAAGGACAAUAUAUAUUUGAUUUGAAUCAAUCUAUUCCGAGAAUAAAAAUGAGAAAGCAUAGAAAAUUAGUUACGUCGAAAAACUACACAUCUAUAAGACAACAAGAAUUGUAAAUGUAAACAAAACAGGCGAAGGUGUGGGGGAGCACACGUAGAGUAAGAAAGAAUAAUCAAUGUCUAUGAGUGAAACAAAACAAAUCAAUUAAAAUACGCAUUCAGUUUUUUUUUGGUACCAAUACGGAAAUGAAAAUUGAUUAUUUUAUUUUAUUCAGUUAGUGUUGCAGAGUAUUAGGUAACGAAAUAAGUGAGAUUUUUUUAUUUCUCUCAUAUAUAUAUUCUAUGGCUAAUUAAUAAAAUUUAUCUGUUUAUGCAUCAUUUUUUUCAAA